AUGAGUUGGGCUGCCAACAUCUUGGAAGGUUGUCGGGAAACCAUUGACAAGCCAAUCAAACACUCUACGGCAGAUAAAUUGAGAAUUGCCAUGGUUUCUUUCAUCAUUGUCUCGAUAUUUCUCAACAUCAUCUCGAUCAUUGUAGCCGCGGCCACCGAUAACCCCUUCGGGCUUCUGACCUCCAGCGUUCUUGCCAUAGAUGCGCUGUUCAUUUUCACCGCACUCGUCUUGUGUAUCGCAAUGAUGAACUAUGAGGGUGGUGGCUACCUCAAGGGCGUACGCGGAGGGGACUAUUCGGAUAAGGAAAUGAUAGGAAUCGCCAUCUGGAUUCUGCUCGGGAUGCUGAUCGGACGCGUACUUUCCAGUCCCUGGCUUUUUAGGGCGGCCAUUGCCAUCUUACUUCCCAUUGCCCUUAUCUUUGUGCUAUUUCUUGUGCGAACACGUGGGUUUUUCGCUAUAGUUCGGUAUGCUGCGGCGAGUGGAUACAUGGACGUGAAUGCACACUGA